AUGGCUCCUCCUGAAUACCCCCUCCUCCCCAAAACCCUACUAAUAAUCUCUCUAAAAAUGUACUUCACCCCAUCCCGCACAAUUACCUACCUCCGCAGCCUCAUAGAUCCACAAAACGAAAUUCUCCUCCCUGAAAACCGCUCAAAGCUCCUCCUCGCUCUAAUCCCAGACUUCCUAACAAUCUACCCCUGCUCUGAAAUCCUCCAAUCACACUUCCCAGAACUCCAAACAACCGAGCAGCAAUGUCAACAGCAACAAAACAAUCAACGGCAGCCGCCUCCUUUCCUCCUCGGGGCCCAAGAUUGCUUCUGGAAACCGCUGGGCCCCUAUACUGGUGAAAUCUCCCCCUCAUGCCUCAAAGACCUAAAUGUCUCCCUGGUCGAACUCGGCCACGCCGAACGGCGCGACAUCUUCCACGAAACCGAUGAGCAAGUUGGUCGCAAGGCAGACGCCGUGAGCGUUCAGGGCAUGAUCCCUCUCGUCUGCGUGGGCGAAGUCUCGUCGCCCGGAUCAAUUAUGGCUGACGCAGUGCGAACGGCAGUUGCUGAGUGUGCGGUGCAGAUUAGAGCAGUGCUUGAGUCUGUGCCUAGCUAUGCCCCUGUGAUUUUUGCUUACGAGCCUGUCUGGGCGAUUGGAAAGCCAGUGCCGGCUGGUGUGGAGCAUGUGGCUGGUGUGGUGGAGGGGAUUAGACGGGUGGUUAGGGGCAGUGGGAGAGAAGGGGACGUUAGGGUUUUGUAUGGAGGGAGUGCAGGGCCGGGUCUGUGGGGGGAAGGGGGCCUGGGGAAAGCUGUUGAUGGGAUGUUUUUGGGGAGAUUUGCGCAUGAAAUUGAGGGGGUGAGGAAGGUGGUUAGGGAAGUGGAGGAGACGUUUUAG